UUUUUAGAAAAUACAGAGAAGCAAAACAAGACUCGUCAGAGAGAGAGAGAGAGAGAGAGAGAGCAACCAUCAAAUUCAACAAUCGGAAGUGAAAAAGUAACACAAUCUGGCAGCGAUGUCGGAAAGUGGAAACCUUAGUUGCGUGUUAGUGGCGGUGGAUGGGAGCGAAGAGAGCAUGAAGGCGCUGCGUUGGGCAUUCAGCAACCUCAAGCUGCGAUCACCUACACCCGAUUCCACCCAUUCUCCUUCAUUCAUCAUCUUCCACGUCCAGUCACCGCCCUCCAUCGCCACCGGCCUUAACCCCGGUCCCAUCCCCUUCGGUGGCCCCAAUGACCUUGAAGUUCCAGCGUUCACUGUAGCCAUCGAAGCUCACCAGAAGCGCAUCACCGACGCCAUACUUGACCACGCUCUGGAAAUUUCCCAACAACUCAAUUUCAAUAGUAAGGUCAGGACCCAUGUUGUUGUUGGAGAUCCAAAGGAAAAGAUUUGUGAAGCUGUGCAGGAUUUGCAUGCUGAUGUACUUGUGAUGGGGUCUCGUGCAUUUGGCCCCAUUAAGAGGAUGUUCCUGGGAAGUGUUAGCAACUACUGUGCCCACCAUGCUCAGUGCCCAGUAAUUAUUAUGAAGGGAAAGGACAUUGUCGAUGAGAAAAACUAA